AUGGGUUCCAUCAUGGAAGAUGAGCCGACUGAUUCGAGAAAGGUUGUCUUGAUCACUGGCGGUAACAGUGGCAUCGGCGCCGAGUUGGCCCAGCGCCUGCAUAGUAAAGGCUACCGGGUAGCCAUAACAGCCCGCCGUAUAGCAGAGUCUGAGAAUCUCGUGCGUGACCUCGACCCCUCGGGCGAGACUGCCAUGUUUGCGCCAUGCGAUGUGGCUUCGUACGAACAACAAGCUGCUGCUUUUAGCACCGUAUGGGCCCGCUGGGGUCGCCUGGAUGUCUUUAUUGCCAAUGCAGGCGGUCUUGACCGUGACUCCAAGUAUAACUUUGGUCGGCGUGAUGUGACCAUCGAAAAUCUUCCGCCAGUCCCAGACACUAUGUGCAUUGACAUCAACCUCAAGGGUGCCAUAUACGGCACGGUACUUGCGGUACAUUUCAUGAGGCAAAACAAGCCUGACAAAGGAGGGCGGAUCGUCGUCGUCACCAGCAUGCUUGCCCAACAUGUAGGCGUCAUGCUGCCCGAGUACGCGGCUUCCAAGGCCGGCGCGCAGCACUGGGCUCGAAGCAUCGCCCCCGUUUUACAGGUUAAAGAGAACGUAACCGUCAACGUUGUCUCACCUGGCGCGUACAAUACCGACAUCAAGCCAGGAUUCCUGGAGGCCUUCAGACCAGAGCAUCUCUGCACCAAGAGGGCCAUGAUGGCCGCAUUUGACGAGUUCUUGGAUGAGGAAAAGGGUGAUCGAACUGGAAUGGUUGUGGAGGUAGCGCAUGAUUCGCUGCACUUCCACGACUUGCCACCGACCAAAGCUGGAGAGCUUUCCAAGCGAAACCCACGGCCUUACGAACCAUGGUUCCAAGGCAUUCAUGGCGAGCCAUCGGGACUCUCUUGGGGGAUCAGACGCUCCCAUCUCGAAGGCGGUGACGACGACAAUGUCAAGAUCAUUGCUGUUACCGGAGCCACAGGUGCACAGGGCGGUGGCGUCGUGAACAUCAUGAAGAAGACUCCCGGAUGGCGCAUACGUGCCAUAACGCGCAAUCCCGAAAGCGACAAGGCCAAGCAACUGGCAGCUGAUGGAAUCGAAAUCGUUUAUGGUGACUUUGAGAACAUUGACUCGAUGACAAAAGCCUUUGAUGGUGUUCAUGCUAUUUUCGCCGUAACAGACUGGUGGGAGCCUGUCUUCACUUCCGAUGUGGGAAGACAUGAGGCCGGUGUGAUUGAAGAGAGACAAGGCUGGAAUCUGGCCUUGGCAGCAUCGAGGAACCUCAGCACUCUCGAGCAUUACUUCUGGUCAACAAGCCCCAGUUCGAAACAGGUGAACUGCGCUGAGCAUCCUGUUGACACUCCCGCCAUGGACUACAAAGCCAAAGUUGAUGCCAGAAUCAAGAAGGACUUGCCCGAUCUGGCUGCACGCACUACCUAUCUCCUCUUUGGGUACUAUCCCCAAAACUUCGCCACCUUUGCUCCCAUUAGGCCGGUCCUCCAUCCUGUGCUGGGGAAAUACAUUCAGACACUACCCACGAGACCGGAUGCUAUCGUGUUGCUGUCGGGUAGCAUGGAGGUGAACCCCGGCAUCUGGGUUCGACAAGCUCUUGCAGCUGGAAGUCGUGCUUUUGGCAAGUACGCCAACGUGGCCCUGGAAAAGUGGACAUUCAAGCAGAUGAUGGACGAGUGGAGCGCUGUCACCGGUAAAGAUGGUUUGUUUGUUCAGUGUUCUCCUGAGGCAUACGAAGCCAUGUGGGGAACUCGGGGCAAGGAACUGGCCGAACAGUUCAAGUUUGGCGAGUUGUGUGACCCAUGGAUGCCAACGACUGAUUUUAUAUCAGCCCAGGAGCUAGGGGUCGACGAGACUGAAGUUGUCGGAUUCAAGGGCACUAUCGAGGGAUUUCACAAGAUGGGCGCUUGGGACUGA